UCUUAUUUACAUCAAAGUUUGAUAAUUAUAUGAUCAAUUAAUUAUAUACUAUUAAAAUGCUUACAUUGUGGAACCUAUUUGAAGCUUCUUUGCUAUGCUUAAAUGCCGUCUGCGUUCUCCAUGAGGAAAGAUUUAUGCAAAAAAUGGGAUGGGGUGCUAAUAACCGAAAUCAAGGAUUUGAAGACCAGUCUUCAAUGAAAUACCAAGUUUUAAAUUUAGUAAGAUCAAUACGAACAGUUACAAGAAUUCCACUCAUUAUAUUGAAUAUUUUAACAAUCAUUUUUAAAUUAUUACUGGGGUGACAGAUUAUCAGAAAAAAAAAUAGAACACAUUUAUUAAAGUGCAAGACCUCAGGUGAAAGUAAUUUAUGCCUACAUUUUUUUUUAUUAUAAAAUAAUAACUAAUAAUAUAUAACACAAAUUAUAUUUUAUUUUCUCAA